UUGUAGUGUGUUUGGGCGUCGUAUGUCUAAGAAGUGAAAGGUUUCUAGAAAGCCGUUGAGGCUGAUUAUAAACCCCUCGCCCUCCAGCUCGUCACAGACUCCUCGAGCCAACUCAACAUUGGGGAUUCCCGCAAGUUCAAGGACAUUUCAGAGACAAGAUAAUAGCGACCGCUCCUCGAACUUUCAGGCCUAGACCAACACCUUCACCGACAUGCAGCCCAUUGCGUACCUUGGACCGUUAAUGCUCCUCACGGCACAAGCACAAACCGCACCAUCGUCGCUUCACUCUCAUCUCCAACGCCACAGAGACCGUGUCGCCACACACGCUCACUCAAGUCACCAGCACUCGCAAUUAAUCGAGCAAAUCGGAGCGGCCCCGAUGAAGCUCUCGCAGGAUAUGAAGCCGGCGCUCCACCACAUGGUCAUGGAAAGGUCGUCAGCACCUUCACCAUACGAUCGGUCGGCAUUGGCAUCGACGGAGUACAGAGAAGGCCGCCCAAAAACAGCGAACACAGAAGCAAAAGCAUCUUCAAGGCGAGAAACGGAUGCAAUGACAGCACUUGUGCAGUCAGGACCCGGUCCAUUCAACCUGGCAGCGGCACGCGGCGGCAGUGGGUUUAACCCGGACGCGGAUAGUGCCAAUAGUCUGCAUCUCGACGCGGCGAUGCGACUGCUGCGUGCCCACGCAAUCGUCAAGCACCACAAAUUUCAACGGGAGGUAUAAGAAGGACUGGCUCCCGAGUUGUAGACGGAUUAGUGUUGUCGUGCUUGGUUAAUGAGCAACCGUUGACACGGUGGAUGGUGAAGAUGAUG